AUGAAAAAGCUUGAACUGAUUACGUGUCGGAAAGUAUAUAGCGUCGUCAUUCUUGGACUACUACUGCUGGUCUAUUUCGCAUGUUACCAUGCAGGCCUAAGUGAUAUCCGUCUGGUGAUUCCACAACCGCUAGCACACCGAAAGAACUCCACGGACGGUCCUCCAGUGGAGGAUGCAAUAAGAACCCAUGUGAUUCAGACAGGCGACACAGCAAGUGUGGGCAAACAAUUGCAACAGGAGCAACGGGAACAAUCGUUGAUGCCUUCGGAUAGCAAAGUGGUGACGUGGACGAAUGACUGUACAUUAUACAAGAAACAGAGAGGGUAUCCUACGACACCCAACUCGGACGAAGAGGCAGGUUUCCCGUUGGCAUAUAUCCUUGUGGUUCACACGGGAACGGCCCAGGUGGAGAGACUAUUGAGGGCGAUUUAUCAGCCGCAGAACGUAUACUGUCUUCACCCGGAUUCAAAAUCACCCAGGGAGUUCGACAAUAUGUUCAUAGCUUCUAAACUUGAAGAUGUUGUGUACGCCGGCUUCACUCAGUUGUUGACGAAUAUCAACUGCAUGAAGGAUCUGACUGGUCGACCCGCAUCUGGCCGCCCGUGGAGAUACGUGAUGAACCUUUGUGGACAAGACUUCCCCUUGAGGACAAACCUGGAGAUUGUCAGGCAGUUGAAUGCGCACAACGGCCAGAACGAAAUCCAAUCGUCUGUUCCAGACAAGCGUAAGAGUAGAAGAACUGAGUUUAAAUUCAUCCUGCGAAACAAAUCGAUCGUCAGAACUAAAAGUAGAAAUGGUCCUGCUCCACACCAACUCAAGUUGUACACUGGUUCAGCUUACUACGCUGUCACCAGAGACUUCGUCCGCUACAUCUUAAGUGAUCCAGUCGCCAUAGAUUUUCUAGAUUGGACCAGGAACACGCACUCGCCGGAGGAAACUUACUGGGCUUCUCUUCAACGGGCACCGGGCGUUCCAGGAGGGAAUUACAGAGCAGACCCACAAAUCAGACCGUUCAGUGUCCGUUAUGUCCUUUGGUACACGAGAGCGUCCCCGCGUAAAUGUCGAGGCAAAUACGUCCGUAGGGUCUGCGUCUUCACAAUCGGAGAUAUACACUAUGUUCAACAGCAACCGCAUCUAUUUGCCAAUAAGUUCUACUACGACUACGAUCCAGUGAGCUUGCAGUGCCUCGAGGAGGCGCUGGAGUUUAGAUUUCGUCACUCCGAGGAGUCCGACAAAUAAGCUAAGAUUUCGAAACUGAAAACACGAAACUAUUCCCGACCCCGACCUCCUGUUUAUUAAUUGAAGACUACUGAGUUGCAGGCCUUACGAUGGAUUUUACAAAUUUGGGCAACAUUCAAUUCCACUUGAAUGUCUAAAAGACAAUGAGAAAUAAUAUAAUAAAGUUCCCCAAAUAUAAACUCACGCUAUUUCCUGAGUGAUGGUGCCGUUAUACUCAAAUUCAUGUUGAGCUGUUGUCCAAUGGUGUCUUAAAAAAGUACGUGACUAUCCAUCUUAAAAUAGCACAAGUAUCACAAAUCUACUGAAUAAUUCCAGAAAAGGACGUAUAUGCCUAUCCUGAAAAAGAUCAGGAUGUCUUCUAUCCAAUGGUAUUUUACACUUGCCAAUGAUUACUGAGCAAACAGGGCCUCUAUGAAAGGGGUCAAAAUCAGCACUGUGACAAGGUAAUAGUACACUAUGGGAAAAUGGUGAUAGGGACAAUGAUUUGGUGCUUCAGUGAAGGAAUGAAACAAUCCUUCUGAUCACUCAAAUCGUUUAAAUUCAGGAAAAAAUGUUGCAACCUGACGCCAC